GUUCGAGCUAUUGAGGCUACACGUAAAGUGCAUAAUCCGUGUAAUUUGUGUCAACGAUGCAUAUUUUACGUAAAAUGACGCGAUUGCUUAACUAACAAAACGACGACCUCUAACUCUUUUCAGUAUGCUGACUGGGAAACGUUCGUAAAAGUCUAUUCUAAGCAUUUGAAGCGUUUUUUUCUGUUCUAUAAAUUAUGGUUAGAGUAAAAUAAAAAUAGUAUAACGGACUGCGUUGCAUCACGGCUACUCCAUAAUAGUUUCAUCAUGAAGAUUGAUUAGUAUUAUAAAAAUAUAAUUUAUUAGUUUAUUAUACUUUUAUAUCGCUGCCGAUUUUGGAGUAUUGAGUUCUUAAUAUUUAAAAACAAAGAUUUAACACAUCAUAUAACCAUAAAUUUAUUAAGAAACGAUAAUUAUAAAUACAAGAACACGCUAAUGAUUUAAAUACUACUUUCACUUCCUAAAGUCAUUUAUAUAUCUAGUAAAUAUUUAUGGAAUAUACGAUAUUUGACGCAAGCGACGAUUAGGUAAUUUAGGUAUUUCCUAUAUUUCGAUAAAUAGAUCCAUUUAAAAAAAAUGAUGUACAUGAAAGGCCCCGACUGUAGUCCACCACGGAUAAACCCAUCAAUUCUCCGAACUGCGUUCCUCCAUUUUUGAAGCGAGUCGUCUAAAAUCAGCGGCGCGGGAAGUCAGUUCGCGGGCUCGCGCCGGUCCGCACUGGCCGCUCACAACGCGCGAAUUAAAAAAAUAUAUUGUCUAUGGAAUAGUGCGUGAAAUUCGAAAAAUCGGUAGUGACGGACGAGAGUGACGGCUGUGGCGCCAAGUUCUCAGCGCUGAUCGUCUCCGACAAGUUCCAGGGGAAGCCCUUGCUGGCGCGCCACAGACUCGUCAACUCAGUUCUUCAGGAGGAGCUGAAGGAGAUACACGCAUUCACGCAGAAAACUCUCACGUCCGACCAGUGGAAGGCUCAACAAUGAUGUACUAGAAUAAAAUGAGAAUUUAGAAAAAGUAGUUUUUUUUUUUAUUGAAAAUGUUGAGCGGAGAGAAUUUGUAUACCGUGAGUGUGUCGGCGCCGGAGGUGAUCCUGCACGGGGAACAUGCGGUGGUUAUGGGAAAAACGGCUAUUGCGGUCAGCCUUGGGUUGAGGAGUUCCAUCGUUAUUAAGGAAGUAAAAACCGUCGGAGAACCAGCGGUCUACAUCCACCUGCCCUGCGUCGGUCUCCAGGAGACCAUACCCCUCAACCCCACCGUCAAGGCUCUCUUCAACCCGCAGCUCUGCCACGGCGUCACCGGCAAGUUCUCCUGGAAGAUCCCAGGGCAUCUGGACCAUGACAAUCAUCUCAGGAAGGUCAACGAGUUCCUUCAUAAGAUCAAGCCGAAUUUUGAUGAGCUGCCGAAUAACCAGAAGAAUUCUUUGAGAAGCUUCCUUUAUAUGUUUUCGGGGAUUUUUGGAAGUACGAAUUUGCAGGUGAAAUCCAUGGACAUCUCCAUGGGCUCAGAGCUGACCAUAGGCGCCGGGACCGGUAGCUCCGCGUCUUUCGCAGUCUGCCUCGCGGGUGCGCUCUUACGGCUGAUGGCGCUGCGGGCGCGAGGCAGCUUCGAGCCGCCCGGUGAUUUUGAACCACGCGAGGCAGAAGCGAUUUCAGCUUGGGCGUAUAAUUGCGAGAGGAUCAUGCAUGGAACGCCUUCAGGCAUAGACAACGAAACCUGCACAUUCGGGUCCAUCGUCUCCUUCAAAAAGGGCACGAAGCCGCGCCACCUCGACAUCCGGCUCAACCUGCGAGUACUCCUCGUAGAUUCGCGCGUGAACCGCGAAACGCACGCCCUGCUCGUAAAAGUCGCGGGCAUUCGGCAAAGGAACACGGCGGCCGUGGACCAUGUGAUGAACGCGCUGGACGACAUCGCGCACACUGCCACGCAGGUUUUGGAAAAACUCGCUGGUGGCAAGUGUCCAGCUGACACGGACGCGGACUAUCAACACUUAGGAGAACUAUGGGACAUGAACCAUUGCCUUUUGGCGGCGUUGGGCGUGUCGCAUCCAGCCUUAGAAGCUAUCAGAAGCCUGGCGCGGGCCCGGAACCUUGCCUGCAAGCUCACGGGUGCUGGUGGUGGAGGCUACGCGAUGAUCCUCAUCCCGCCUUCAACUCCACGCUCCACUGUGGACUCCCUCACGGGGCAGCUCCUCGAGAAUGGCUUCCGCGUCACCGAGACCUGCCUCGGCGGCCCCGGCGUGCAGCUCGAGAUGUGACACAGAGAACAAGGCUAAAGCCCUGGUACAAUACUGCUCCUACACCUAUUUUAGCAGCGUCCAACUAUAACAUUAUGGGAAUGCCGCCGAUGCCUUUACAGGUUGCAGGCAAGUUUAGUCAAAGGACUAAAAUUUUAGUCGUACCCUGGUAUAAGACUGCGCCUAAGAUUUCAUCAGCGUCCAAUUAAGACUAGGAAAAAAUAUCGAUGCCCUGCACAACAUUGCUCUAAGACCAAUUCCACCAGCUAUACUCUGUGAUUACCUGUAACAGGACUGCUCCUAGACCCGUUUCAGCAACGUCAGACUAAAAACAGGGAUUAGAGGUCGGGACCAAUAACAUCAAUUCUACCCUGGUAAAAUACUGCUCCAAAACUAAUUCUUGCGGCGUCGAACAACAAGUCAAAGCAAAGCAGUCAAUGUGAUAUGGUUCCCUGGAAUAAUACGCUAACAACAAUAUAACGGCGUCCGUCUCAAGAUGUCAUAAAGCGUGAAUUUAAAGUAAAACUAAUACCUAUAUAUUCUAUGCUAGUGAAUCUAACGUCUGCGGAUGUUUUUUGCUAUGGCAUUACGGAUAUAUUGUUUAGGAAUCGGCACGAAAAGUGGAAUUUUCCAAAUUUAUCAAAAAAAUGCAAAGAGUUAUCUAAUAGGACUUGACGGUUGUACCAUAAAAGACAAUUCAGAGAAAAAUGGACUAAUAGCUUAAUGAUAAAGUGUGUGUUUUUAUACUGUGUGUUGGUGAUGGACAGAUGAAUAUUUUUAAUAAGUAGUGGUCUACUUAAGAUACUUGAAUGGUCGAUGUUUGUGAAAAAUCACAUACGUGGGUUUAAAAGCACCAUUAUAUAGAUGAUGCUUAUGUAUGCUGGCGUUAAACGCGAGACUAAUUGUAUGAAAGAAACUGGCCUUUUUAACUUCACUAUUGUCAUCUACCACUGACAAUUCGAUGUCAUUUAACGUCCAUAUUUUUAGUGACCAUCGCUUUAUAUCGGGCUUAGGCAAUUGCUUCACCACUCGGCAAUUCACCGUGCAUCGCUGUUUUCAUGUCAUUUCUGUACAGGGAUGUCUCUCAGAAAUGUACAGGAAAUUGUCAGUGUCAAGUGUAAAUUGUGAAAGUGAAAGGCACCUGAAAAGUAUGAAGAUUGUCAUUGUCAGGUGACAAUGACAAUCUUCAUAAAAAAAGGCACGAGAAAUAAAAGAAACAGUUUAGAAUGUGUUGUGGUCUAUUAUAAUGAUAAAAGACAAUAUUAUUAUUGAAGUUAUAAUUGCAUUAUAAGCCAUCCCUGUUUAACUUAAAUCAAACAUAUAUUUUUAUUAAAUAUAGUUUGUUUAAUUUUCGUUAAUCAGAUCAAAGAUUCUCCAUACAAAAUACCUCAGUUCCAUACAGUAUUUUGAAUGAAUAGAUCUGUCAAUAAUUGAAGAUUAUUAUUGUAUAUUGAACUCUGUUAAAAGGUUAUUGUAACAAUUUGUGUAAUAAUAGAAAGAUGCCUAUAAUAUUGGAGAAAAUCACGUCCGCAUUAUAUUGAAUAUUGUCAGAUAUUUAUUAAUUCAUUUUACAUAUUCAGUAUUGUAUUAAAUAAAUAAAUUAAUAAAAAUGCCUGCCUGUAAAAAUAUAGGUAUGUAAAAUUACAAGUCAUACCAUAAAACGGAGUAGUUUAUAAUUUUGAUUUGCUCAAAAUAUUAUAAGCGUCUUUUUGAAAACAUUCCUGAGAAUGAAUCGAAAAUAAACAAGAGCCAUUAAAGCAGGACUCGUUGCAUGGAAAUCUUCUUAUGUAGUGAUCUGUUUUGCUUUUAAACGCAAGUGUAUAUUUACAAUACACUAAUAUUGGAUAUAUGUAUACAAUAUACAAUGGAAGAAUUAUGAAAUUAGAAAUUUAGAGUUGAAAAAUGAAUAAAAUCUAAUAAAUCCAUGAUUAAAUGUAUGAAUCAUGAACCAAUGCUUUAGCAUUAUUUAUUGUUUAUUUUAAUUAUUACGUUUUUAAUUAAUUAUUUAUUAUAAUUAUGUAUGUUUUUACAUCAGUACGCCUAAGAUCGGCUCUUUAUCAUUUGUCACCAUACCUGUCACGUUCAAACAUGUAUGUAAGCGCGAAAGUGACGGGCAUAGUGACAAGUGAUAAAAACGGAACCAUGCUGCCACCGCAGCUCUCAUUGUAAGGGAUGCCAAAUUUUACUGAUGUUUUAAAUUUACUCAAUUCUCAAGGCCACACUCCAUGGAUGUUUGACCAGUCAACUAAAAUAAGAUGCCUAUGCGAUACCUGACCCAUUGAGUUUUCUCAGGCAAGAUUUAACUUCCUAACUUCCUAACCUAACCCACGGUCCUACCCGUAGUACUAAUUACUUCAAUGCAAUUUAAACUGUUUUCAAUUGGAACAGGGUUGCAUUUCUGUUGUUUCGUUCGUUUUAAAAACAAAAUAAAUUCUACAUUUUCUUUACUAUUAAUUUAUUUAUUCUGUGAGCUUAGGAGGAUAUUGAAAUAUAAAUUAUUAUUAACUUUAAGCAUAAAUUAAGUCUCACUUUUGAGUAUUUUAUUCACAAACGCUUGUGUCUAUAUCUAUUAUACACUAUAUGUGUCUAAAACAUAGACGAGGGGGGUAAGUGAAACAUUGGAAAGGAGUUUGCAAUAUUCUUAGCCCCGCAGUUACACACAAUGUUUUUCAUCACACGUGCGAAAAAAAAACUAAACUUUAAGCGAAAUCUUAAACGACUAUUCAAUUAUUAAAAUGAAUAUUUUUAAACGUAAACAAAUAUUUAAAUUAAAAACGUCAGUAUUUUAAAAGUAAAACUCGUUUAUACCUACUUUGUAUGAAUUUGUGACUUAAUUAAAAAAAAAAAUUACCCCCCCCCCCCCAGGGACUCCCUAAUACACCUGCAUGAAAUAAGAUCUUUUUCGAGCAACUAUAAUGAAAAACCAAUUUAACUAUCACGGGCAUUAUACGUAUUAAAAUGAUAAAAUUUGGCAUCGCUUAGUAUUAAUGGUUUUUAGUUAAUUUAUUACCCACCUACGUUUCAACUGCGGGUUGGACAGCGUGUUACUGCUAGGCAGCUUCUAUUGAUACAGUUAUAUUCUAAUAGCCAUUCGUUCAUAAAUAUCUAUACAUAUGCAUGUCGGACUAAAAUAAUUUUCUUUCUUGGUUAAUCGUAACAGAUAAUUAUAAUAAAAAACGGAUGUUGUGUAUUGCCUUCGCCUUUGGCUUGGGAAACAACUGCAAUCAAAGAUGCACACUUAAUGUAAUUAGUAGAAAAUAAUAUUAAAAUUAAUUAUAUUGGCGAAAUAUGAGUUGUAUUUUGUACUUUGAUAUAGAACCUUGUAAAUAUAUUUUAUUUUUGGUUUAUUAUUUACAUUUGUAAAUGUCGAAGGUUUUUAUUCUAAAAGCAUAUUUUUCUUUGGCAAAUGUCAGUAAAGAUCUGGCAUAACAUUUUUUGCAUUUCAUGUAUGUGUUCAAAUGUCUUAAUAGGCGGGUCUGCACAGAACGAGCCGCCUCGUCAGGAAUUUGCCGCGCGAGACAGCUUGGUCUGCGGAGAAGUACCUCGCCCAACAAAGCCCAAGGCAUUGCGGCCGCGAGUGCGUUUGCUUCGUCCGAGGCACGUCUACACAGCCCGAGCUGCUUGACACUGCUGUUUCCUCGCGAGGCGGCUCGUUCUGUGUGGACCAGCCUUAUAAAAAAAACACCUACAAAUACAAAUUGGCUCCCAUGAAAACUUAUUUUUUUGUGAUAGCUUUUCCACAGGCCAAGUAAAAUUAUACCUUAUGCCAAUGUUAAAAAAAGCUGUUUUCACUUUAACUUGCCUAUAUCUUGGCUUUUUUUAUAAAUGUUCUCGUUUCGAUAUAAUCAUCUUCUGUUUCGCUCGAAUAUUGCAAUACUGAUAGAGACGAAGAUGCAAAAUCUUUGAAUAUAGAAAGUUCGCAGCACGCUCUGUUUGAAUUAUAAGAAUCAUGUGCAAAUAUUUUAUAAUCUUGUCACGCAGUCUUCCAGAAAACCUUUGUACAGUUAGCAGCAACAUUAUUGAUAUCCUGGAUUCCAGAAGCCUUUUUUCUACUCGUCGACUAAUUGGUCGUAUACGUCGAUUUCCAAACUAUAAUUGCGUACUUUAGAUGUAUGGGUGCCCAACUCAACUAUAAUAUUCGUUUCGAUACGCUGUGGUCAACUAUAAAAAGAUUGACCAAUCACGUGCCCCCCGCCACGCCGCACACCCAUGGAACGGGGGACGGGCGGGCGGGAACUCGCGCGUUUAUGUCUUUUGUAUUACAUUUUUGUCUACUGAGAUACUUAUAAAUUUUUAUUACUUAUUUAGGUUUUAUAGUAAAAAAACGUAUUAUUUUUGAUAACUCGUAGAAAAAGUAUUUUAUACUAAGUAUAGUGAUAUAAUCAAGCUUUUCAAUCUCGUACCUUGCUUAGGCAACUCAGCAAGCUUUGUUGCCUAAAUACGGUACUCGCCUGAAAAGCUGUAUUAUAUCACGUUUGUAUAAUUACAUGCGGUAAGGGCUUAAAAACAAAAAAAUACAUUGAAAUAUACAGGAGGCUAGAUUUUUAAAAGGUCUUAACUGCCGCUGACUAUACGAUUGGUAAAAUGUAUUUAUUAUUGUCAUUUUAAGUUUAUGUAUAAUUUAUGUGUUUCAUAAUUUCUAAAGAGAGACGUCAUUUUGUUUAGAAAUAACUUGAAUAGCCCUUAAUUUCCAUAAACAUUCCUCAAGGGCGAAUUAUUUAAAAGUGGGGAGAUUUUUCAUGUUUGCCUCUAAAAAGUACUUACUAAUAUGAACAUUCUGACCUAAGGUUUACGAAUUUUUAGUUAUCCUCGUAAUGCCCAUGGUCCUACCUAUGGGACUAAUUACCAUAAUGUAAUUCAAACCAUUUUUAAUUUGAAUAAACUUGCAUUUCUUUUGUUUCGCUCGAUUUCAAACCAAAAGAAAUAAUAACCAUAUUUCCUUCAUUAUCGAUUUCAAAUUCAAAUGGCAUUUUUUUUGUAUGGUAGGCCUUAGGAGAUUAAAUAACAGUGUUGACCUUGAGUUCACCCAGCUGCAAAAGUGCGUGGCCAUUUUAUGAAUGUAUUCCAUUCAUAAUGCGUCCGAGCACUUUUGCUCGCUGCAUUUUCCAAAAUUUUGCCAGAAUCCAUAAAGAUAAACUUGUGACGUCAUUUCUUUAGAUCCCGCAAUUCAGCUGUAAGUUAAAAAAAAACUAUUUGUAGCCACAAUAACGGGUAAUUCUGAAGUGUUAUAUUACCUCAUUGUGCCCGAUUUUAUCUUUUAUAAGAAACUCGCUUGUAUUGGCUGUGCAAAAUGCGGAAGGUGGACGCAAGGAAUACAAUCUCCAUAGGCAGAACUGUUGCAAGUGUCCAGCUGUCAGCUCAAAUAAUAGUUACAAAUCUCUCCAGCGCUAGAGUAGCUAAGAACGUAGGCGUUAUUGACGGAGUGAAGUGCGCUUUUUUUCAAGUAUUCUAAGUAUAGGGACCGUGCGUGUUGGAGGGUCUGCAAUCUUAUGGCCUGAAUCGGAACCAUAAACAUGCACAUUUACACGUCACGUGUUUUCUUGUGCAUAGUAGGUUCUGCCAUCUUGUGGGCUACAUCGGAACAAAAAACAUCACAUUUACGCCUCGUGCCAAAAAUCUGACGGCUCCUGUGCUGCCUCCUACAGUUCAUGCACGCUCCCUAUUGUAGCGCCUCCUAUAGGUAUAAGGUUUUUUGACAGACACUUUGGUGCAUGGAGAUUGUAUUCUUACCUCCACCUUCCAUAUGCGGAACUUUCGUCUUGUCAUGUGUCAUCUGUCAAAUAACGAAUGAGUUCUAUAACCGUCAGGCGGACGCCAAUGUUACGUUUACAGCUAAUUACAAGUUACAAGCUAUAAUAAACGAGCUCUUGUUGUAAAAAGAAUGUUAGUAUCUAUACUAAUCUUCUUUUUUUAAUUGUUAGUUAUAACUUCUACUUAAUAUGUUAAAGUGAUUGCACACGGAGCAUGUAACUUGCGCAUGUUGUGACACUCGCCUGAGUUACGUGCAUUGUGUAUUCAAAGGUAUAAACUUGUGCGUCCAGUGACUUGAAUUGCCCUAGUAAAAAUGCGGGAAAGCGCAAGUAACUUGCGCAUACUACUGCUCACGCAAGUAACUUGCGCAUACUGCUCACGCAAGUUACUUGCAACAUGCGAAAGCACAAUUACUGCUCACGCAAGUCACAUGCGCCUUGCAACAUGUGCAAUGCAAGCACAUUUUUUUCCAUCAAAGUGUAUUAUUUAUUGUGCGCUCAAUGGUAGGGUAUUUGGUGCUACGUGGAAUAACUAGAAUAAUGUUAAUCUAUGAACUUAGAUGUAUUAGUAAAUUGUUUCGAGUAUUUA